GCCCGAGACAUUCCUGCAGGAAGACUAGGGUGGUAAAGUAUGCUGUAGGAGGAAGGGAUAUCCAUCUAUGUAACCGUAUUCAGAAACGCUUUGGUCUCACCACAACUAUUUCAAAAGGCCACAGAGAUGAUUAACUGGGGUCUCAAGAGUCUUUCUUCUGUUAAUAAUGUAGAAAUCUUGUUCAUCUGUCACCAGAACCAUAAAAAAAAAAAACACCCUAAAAAAAGUGUCACUUCAACUAGAUGAAAGUAAUCGAGAUGCUACAAGAAGUGUUCCAGAACUAUGGUACUCGUUUUUUUUUUUUUUUUACUUAAAUAUUAAUUUACUUGCAAUUCUGUACUGUUUUACGUGACUUCUUCAUAAGGGCAACGUUUCCUUUUAAUUAAAUAAGUGCAUCAUUUCUUUAAACGUGUAAAAUCUCGAUUCGUGUAAAAGAAUCUCAGUUUUCAAACCUUUAUGUAUCACUCAAGUACCGAACAGCUUCGAGACUGAAACCAAAGCGAUGCGACUCACAAGCCACGUCGUCACCGAGACAGCAGCUCCAGUCGCGGCUGGCUCGGUGUGUGUUGAGGUUGCCGGUCUUUCUGUGCUUUCGCGACCACUUCUCUGCGGUCACGGUAAAUCAAGACUGCGAAGGACCUGCUGACUCCUGCUCCCCUCGGGCCAGCAGGUAUGGGAAGUAGGUGGUGUGCAUCACAGGCAUUCCCGGUCCUGCGUCCUCCUUCCUUCCUGUUAAUCGUGGCAAAAGUGGAUCCUUCCCUCAAGUCUGCUGAACUGAAAUGCUGCAUUGACUGUAGUGACAGAUUAACAAGAUUUCUGCACUCAAAAGCCUCUCACCCCAGGAAGCUGGCGCCUCGCUACUCGCAGGUUGUGAGACGUCCCUCGCCUCGGCCCUCUGGCUUCCCUCCUCUGCAUCCUGGUGGUCGCCUACUCAUCAGGACUGCCAGCUCGGUUCUUCGUGACUUGGAUAUUGUCAUCCCCGGGAUGGGUUCCAUCCCACAUCAAAAUUUUCUAUAAUGAAAGUUGAUGCCCUCGCUAACACAGCCGCGCCUUGCCUCGUCUUGCGGCUGGCCUCGCGCCCUCACAUUCAUAUGCCCUGACCUGCAUUCGAGCUGCUUCCUUCCGCUCCAUCGACCAAGCCCGGGAUCUCCAGAGGGGAGAGAGUGUCACCAUCCAGCACUAUGACUCCUUUCGCUACCAUAAGUAUCGUCACAAAGAAGUCAAGGGGAGGAAACAGUGUGGUGUCCUCCAGGCUCCGUCUUGGCUACAGGCAGAUGUGGUGUGGCAGGGUGCGGCACUGCCAGACGUAUCGCACCUCUCUUCCUGCCCUCUGCGUGGUACCCCUGACGCACUGGCACACCAUCGUCUCCACUGCCCUAAGCUGGAAGAAGUGUUGCCCCGUGGAGUCCAGCUUGUUGACGUGUGCCGCCACCUCCUGAUGGCUAACGACCUGGACGUCACCCUUGCACGCUUCCCUAGAGUUAGUGAAUGCUGACGUCCCUUUCAAAGUAAAGUUUAAUAUGAUCUAAUAUUUACAACCUCUGUUAAAUUAUAUGUCUAAUUUUAUAUACGUAUUUAAUACUACUUUGUACUUGUUAUCUGUGCUUGUUUCUCUCUCUCUCUCUCUCUCUCUCUCUCUCUCUCUCUCUCUCUCUCUCUCUCUCUCUCUCUCUCUCUCUCUCUCUCUCUCUCUCUCUCUCUCUCUCUUGUCGCGCCACGCUUCCUUCUCAGGGGAUAAGAGGUUGCAGGUAGCCGUGUAUGUGUGUGUGCUCUAACAAAAAUAUACAGAAUAAAAUAACAAUUCGUGAAAAGUUUUUUUUUUAAUAGUAAAAAGUAAUGAAAAGACAAAAUUAAUGAAUAAACAAAUAAAAAGUCAAUGAAUAAAGUAAUAAAGGAAAAAUAUAUUCUUGCUUAAUCAUAUUUUGAAGAUAUGGAGUGGAAUUAAUCUCCAAGUUUUCUCCCUCCACUAAUAUUAUUUCACCGUAUCUUUUUUUUUUUUUUAAUGUAUGUACGUAAUGUAAUAUAAUGUAAUGCAAUAAUGAAAAAAUGUAUUCUUUCCUAAUCAUAUUUUCAGAUUGUGGAGUCAAUCUCUAAGUGUUCCCUCUCCACUAAUAUUUCACCGUAUGUUUCUUUAAAUGCACAUACGUAUUUCCUGCAUACACACCGACUGUCUCCGGUAACAGAUUGCGCGAGUCACUCUGGUAAUUAACAAUCUAUUUACAGUAUGUCUUUCCUGUCCCGGUAUUCCUUGUAAGUGUCGCCUCAUCUGAUGGAUUUAUAUGUUAGGUAAUAUAUAUAUUUUUUUAGUAAUUCAUGUCAAUCUUGUGUUUCAUGCGUGUAUGUAACUGUCUCUUUACACACACACACACACACACACACACACACACACACACACACACACACACACACACACACACACACACACACCCAUCUACCUACAUACUACAUACAUACAUACGUACAUACAUGAUUAUGCUACUUACAAUAGUCAUAAAAUAUUCCGUAUCUAUUUUUCUGCACUUCGUAUUAGUUUCUUAUUUUCCUGUUUUCCUGUUUUUCUUUCCCUGCAUUCCGUGAACUCCUUUCCUGUUAUGGUCCUUUGGUAUUCACAGCACUGGUAAAAGAGUAAUUAUUUGUAUAGACUUAGACACACAAGAAAAGAUAGAGAUAAUUUUGUCUCCAUUUAUUUAUCCAUUUAUUAUAGAACUAUUUAAAGACUGUCGUUCAAAAAUGUGUAUAAUAAAGUUUUGUGCGUGAUUAUGGGGGAAAAUUGUCCAGGAGUGAAAGAGUUAUGAAUUAUUGAAUAAGUCAAGGAGGUGUAUUAUCCCGCCCCCUCCUCCUCUACCCCCCGCCAGGUGCACAUGCCCGCCACACGCACACGAUCUCACAAACAGUCAUGUGUGCACCUGAAGUAGGGGUGAGUGCUAAUUAGCCCGUGUGUGUGUGUGUGUGUGUGUGUGUGUGAUGAGUUUUAUAUCAGGUUGGGAUGUCGCUUUGCUCUCUAAGUCUUCUUCCUUAUUCCUUCUCUCCUCCUCAAUUAUCCUUCUUUCCUCUCCUUUCUCCUUCCUUCUCUCCAUCCUUCCUUCAAUCACUCCUCUUUGACCCUUCCUCUUUCCCCGACUCUCUCUUCCUUCCUUUCCCGCCCUCCCGUUCUCCUUUCUUCACCUCUUCACUACCCUUCUCACUCCUUGCUGCACGCUCACUUCUCUCCCUCUCCUUCUCCCUCUCCCUUCCUCACUCUCUCUCUAACCAGACGUUUAUUUGACGUGUCAUCCAAUACUCGACACGGACCAUUAGGUAACAUCAUGUGUGUGUGUGUGUGUGUGUGUGUGUCUGUCUGUGUGAAGGAGGCCGGUCAAGGGUACAAAAAAUGGAGGAAAAUGUAUCGUAUUUUACCGCUGAGAGGAAAAAAGUUAGCCACAAGAGGCUGAAAUGGUAGGCAGUUUAGCUAUGGUUGUGUGCGUGUCUGUGUGUGUGUGUGUGUGUGUGUGUGUGUGUGUGUGCGCGCCUUCGAUUAUGUUAUCUUACUCUGCCCUAACCUUUCUGUGAUUCCUUCUCGUCAUCCUAUCUCCACCUCACCACCACCACCACCGCCACCACCACCACCACCUCCCACUCCUCCCGCUGCUCCUCCAGGCACGCGUCCCAGGGUGUGAUCACUCUGACUGUCUUUAAACUCACACAGGCCAUUACCAAGAUUGCUCGCUGAAGGAGUCGGCAGUGAACUUACCCCCACAUUUGUUACCGAGGGACGAACCGAGGGAGUGAAAGGGGGAGGGAGCGAGAUGCGUCGGCGUGGUGAGUGGGAGAGGGAUGGUUGGUGGAGGGAGGGGCGAGGGAAGAGAGUGAGGGUAUCAGUCUCUAGGGAAGAUAUCGGGUGGUGAUUGUGGUGUCGGUGGCGUGGCGUGAGGCAUAUUGAUAAAACAGGAUGAAAAAAAUGUGUGUGCAUGUGUGUGUAUGUGUUUAUAUAAAUGUGCAAAUCGAUACCUUGCUUUUAAUGAUAUCGGUAAGAUUAAUUAUAGAUGCAUCAAGUGUAUGUAUGUAUGUAUGUAUGUAGUAACCGUGUGUAUGCAUAUCAACUUGUCAUAAAUAUAUUGGAAUGUAAUACUCAGGUGAAAAUACAGGUAUGCUAUUAGUCGUCCAGGUAACGCGGCGUCUCAGCACAGCAAGAUUAAUUCAAUUUGUCAGGGAAUCUCAAUAUAUUCCUCUUGCCAUCUCUUACAGCAUUUACUUAUGUGGUGUACGAAAAAAAAAAGUGAAAUUGCAGUUUGUCUUCAUAAUUCUUGUGGUGAUGUGGACCGUAUAAAGGUGAUGAAAGUGUUGUGGUGUCAUGCGUGAAGGCUUGACUUGGCUGUGUAUUUUGUGAAGGAGAGAGAGAGAGAGAGAGAGAGAGAGAGAGAGAGAGAGAGAGAGAGUGUGUGUGUGUGUGUGUGUGUGUGUG